AUGAGACCCACCGAAUCCCCAACAUCACCCAUAUUAUCCUCCUCCACCACCACCGCCACCACCAACCCCCGCCAAUUCCCGAAAUCCAAGCUCGUAUUCAUCUCCAUGACCGUCCUCCUCUCUCUCCUCCUCAUCUUCUUCAUCACUUCCUCCGCCUCCACCCGCCACCGCCACCCCUCCACCGCCCACCGCGAGGUCUGCCGCGCCUCCCGCAACCCCACCGCCUGCCAGGCCUCCCUAACAACAAAUUCCCCCACCGUCCUUCUCGCCGUCCAAUCCGCCGUCGCCAUCUCCUCCCAAAAUCUGGACACCGCCGUCGGUAUGGUGCACCACGUCCUAGCAGAUCUGAACCGCUCGGACGCUGCCCGCACGUGCCUCGAGAUCCUUGGGUACGCCCGUCACCGGAUGAACCUCACGGGUGAGGCGCUGGCGUACACAUCACCAGCCUUGGGGGACGCGCGUGCGUGGGCCAGCGGGGCCCUCGCGUACGAGUACGGCUGCCUGGCUGGCCUCAAGAACGUUAACGAGACUGAGGCUUCCGGCUUUCUCAACUCGUCCCUUAUCCCGUCCACGGCGGACGUGCUCGGUAUGCUGGCCAGCUAUUCGGCCUUUGGGGAAAAGACGGAGUUGUGGGCCCCACCAAGGACCGAGCGUGAAGGCUUCUGGGAGCCACUUGUGUCUUCUUCUUCUUCUUAUUAUUCUUCUUCUUUUUUUCCUUCUGAUUUCUCUAGACCGAACGUGAGCGUGUGCCGCGAAGGCGGGCAGUGCGAUUAUGGGACGGUGCAGGAGGCCGUGGAUUCGGCUCCCAAUAAUAGUGAUUGGCGGUUUGUGAUAGGGAUUAAAGCUGGGAUGUACGAGGAGACGGUUAGGGUCCCCUUGGAGAAGAAGAAUGUUGUCCUUCUCGGCCAAGGCAUGGGUAAUACCGUCAUUACAGCUAAUGCCAGCGUGGGCCACCACGGCCUUACCACUUACAAUACCGCCACUGUCGGUGUUCUUGGUGAUGGAUUCAUGGCAAGCGGUCUCACAAUACAGAACACAGCAGGCCCGGAAGCUCAUCAAGCAGUAGCUUUCCGGUCAGACAGCGAUCUAUCCAUCAUCCAAAACUGCGAAUUCAUUGGCAAUCAAGACACCCUUUAUGCCCACAGCCUGCGGCAGUACUACAAAUCGUGCCGCAUCCUAGGGAACAUUGAUUUCAUAUUCGGACACUCAGCCUCUUUUUUCGAGGACUGCCUCAUAUUAGUCGCCCCUCGGCAAGUCGAUCCAGAAAAGGGCGAGAAUAAUGUAGUCACUGCCCACGCCAGAAUAGAUCCUGGCCAGUCUACAGGUUUUGUCUUCCGGAAUUGCGUGAUAAACGGAACUGAUGAAUACAUGCGUCUGUAUCGUGCGAAACCCGACGUGCACAAGAAUUUCUUGGGCAGGCCGUGGAAAGAGUAUUCGAGGACGCUUUUCAUUAACUGCACGUUGGAGGCUCUUAUUGCGCCUGAUGGGUGGAUGCCCUGGGAUGGUGAAUUUGCACUCGGCACCCUCUAUUUUGGUGAAUUUGGGAAUACGGGCCCUGGAUCUAAUGUGUCCGGCCGAGUAGGCUGGAGUAGCCAGAUACCGGCCGAGCAUGUGAAUUCAUACACCUUGGAAAAUUUCAUUCAGGGCAAUAGAUGGGUCACAGCAUCUUCUUGAGAUCAUAGCUGAGUGAUGAUAUUGUUUGUCUACUUCUGGUGCCAAACUUGACUCGCGAAUAGUAGAUAGUUAACCAACAUCUAAUUUUUUCUUCCCAUAGUUAAACAUGUAUUUGCUGCUGUGCUGAGUAUAAGACCAGUAGUUUUAUGAUUAGGCUUGCUUUUGCAAAUAUUAAGAAAAUUCUUAUGUUUUUAUCUUUCAACUUAGAUACCAACAUUGGCAGAAUGCAAUAAUUAAUUGUUGUUACAUGUAGAAACUAAUUCUUUACUGAUGCAGUUGAUUUGGGAGUAAACAAAUGGGAGCAAGUUGUGGAUGUCGUAUGAUUUUUGAAAGUACCCCUUGUUUCCCAUUAAGCUGAAGAAGAGAAAUUUCAGUUAUUGGAAACUACAAAACCGAUAAAAGUAUAAGCAUAGUGACAUUCUUUUUUCUUUUUUCCUGGAGAAGUUUUCUCCGAGAUGAUGAGAGGAAAAGCAAAUAUGUUCAAGAUUGUAAUUGAAUGAAGUCCCUCAAUCCCGAGUCCUUGAGUCACCAUCCAAAGAAUAAAAAAAAGGAAAAUAAUGAAACAUAACAAAAAGGAAGGACCAAAAGUAACAUAUCCACAAAACCAAAGUGCUCAAAGCAAAAUCUCUAUCUACAUACAGAGACUCCAACAUUCAACAACUCUUAUACCAAUCAGAAACCUACCCAAUUCAGCUCUUGCUCAAUGCCGGUGGAGUAGAAACUGGUAACUCACUAUCCGUCCAGUUCGUCUCGCCCCAAUGCCUCAACAUACCCCGCCAAUUGCAGUACUGGUCAAUGCACUUGUUGACCCUCUCGUCUCUCACCUUAAUCCUCCAGUGCCCGUCCGAGUAGUUCCCUUUCUCCGCCUGUCUCCUGUCCCACUCCAGUUGGGCCUUCUGCUUGGACGCCAAUAGACAAAACUCCUUUAGCUUAUCAGGCAUGGCAUCGUGCACCCUCCACCACUUGGCGUGAGCCUCGUCACUAGCAAACUCCCGCAAUAUGUCCACAUUCCAGUUACAAUCAUAGUCCCUGAAGCACAUCCACGGCUUGUUCCCCAAGUAGUGAAGGACAUACAGAAUCGGCGGGUCGGCCUUAAAGAGAGCAACCUUCUUUCGGCGGACGAUGUCAUCAUCUCCGGCCCAGAAGUUCUUAAGGAAGUUCACGUGCUUGGGCAGUCGAUGCCACCAAGUGAAUAUCUCGUUCAAGUAGCCCUGGUCCCCGCCGUUGUACGACUCGAUCUCGUUUAUGUGGUCCAUCAGGAGCCGAAAGGUGCAGUUGGAGGGCUCGAUCACCAUGACGCCGGAGUUGAAUAGGGUGCCGUUGUUGCCGGUGGCAGAUAUCUGCGGCAUCCCGAAGAGGAAGUCGAUGUUGCGGAGGAUUAGGAGGUCGGCGUCGAUGAAGAUGAUUCGGUCGUAGUCCGUCAGCUGCCAGAGCCGGAACUUACUAUAGUUCCACUCGUUGUACGCGUCCUUCUCGGCCCUGGGGUUUCGGAUGCGGGCUAUGGUGCGGACUUUCCAGCCGGCCAUCUCGAGCCCGCUCCUGUGGUAGCCGCUGAUUGUCUCGUCCACCAGUAUGACGAGGUCCCUGGUGGACCCCGACAUGCGGAUGCUCUGCGCUGCUGCGAUCGCCCCGCACACGUAGUCGUGCGCCGAGUGGAGGAUCGUGGCAUACGCCUCCCGCCGCACCCUUUCUCUUCCCCAGUACUCGUGAUAUCUAUCUCCUAUUUUCAUAUUAACAUUUACACAUUGUUCUCCUUCUCAAUUAAAAAAAAAAAAAAAU